GCUGCGUGGGUCUAGGCGAGCAGCGGAGCGGGCCGAGCUCGGACUCGACAUGUAAUCAUGGACUGCAGGACCAAAGAAAAUCCAGAAAGGACAUUCGACUUGGUAUUGAAGGUGAAAUGUCAUGCUAUUGAGAAUGAAGAACCGGUGGUAUUAUGGAAGUUCCCAGAGGACUUUGGAGACCAGGAAGUGCUACAGAGUGUGCCAAAGUUCUGUUUCCCUUUUGACAUUGAAAGGGUUUCCCAAAAUCAAGUUGGACAACACUUUACUUUUGUGCUAACAGAUAUCGAAAGUAAACAGAGAUUUGGAUUUUGUCGUUUAACAUCGGGAGGCAAAAUUUGCUUAUGCAUCCUUAGCUACCUUCCAUGGUUUGAAGUGUACUACAAGCUUUUAAAUACUUUGGCAGAUUAUUUGGCUAAGGAACUGGAAAAUGAUUUGAAUGAUAUGCUAAAAUCACUAUACAGCCAUCCUAUACCAAAGGCAAACACUUCAGUCAGUUUGAAUGUGCAGUCUUACUUCAUUGCCCCUGAUUUAACUGGACUACCAACAAUACCUGAAAGUAGAAAUCUUACAGAAUAUUUUGUUGCUGUGGAUGUGAACAAUAUGCUGCAACUGUAUGCCAGUAUGUUACAUGAGAGGCGCAUCAUCAUUACUGCUAGCAAAUUAAGCACUUUAACUGCUUGCCUUCAUGGAUCAGCUGCACUGUUAUAUCCAAUGUACUGGCAACAUAUAUAUAUCCCAGUGCUUCCGCCACAUCUGCUGGACUACUGCUGUGCCCCAAUGCCAUACCUGAUUGGAGUUCACUCUAGCCUCAUAGAGAGAGUGAAAAAUAAAUCAUUGGAGGAUGUGGUUAUGUUGAAUGUUGACACAAACACUUUGGAAACACCGUUUAAUGACCUGAACAACCUACCAAGUGAAGUGGUCUCGGCCUUGAAAAAUAAACUGAAGAAGCAGUCUACAGCUACGGGUGAUGGAGUAGCUAGAGCCUUUCUUAGGGCUCAGGCUGCUUUGUUUGGAUCCUACAGAGAUGCAUUGAGAUACAAACCUGGAGAGCCUAUCACUUUUUGUGAGGAUAGUUUUGUAAAGCAUCGUUCCAGCUUGAUGAAGCAAUUUUUGGAAACUGCAGUGAACCUUCAACUUUUCAAGCAGUUUAUUGAUGGUCGACUGGCAAAACUAAAUGCAGGAAGGGGGUUUUCUGAUGUAUUUGAAGAAGAGAUCACUUCAGGUGGCUUCUGUGGAGGAAACUCAAGAUCUUAUCAGCAAUGGAUGCACACAGUCAAGAAGGGAAGUGCAUUAUUUAAUACAGCAGUGACCAAAGCAACCCCUGCCGUACGAACAGCAUAUAAAUUUGCAAAGAAUCAUGCUAAACAAGGAAUAAAAGAAGUAAAGAGUAAACUAAAACACAGGGAGAAUGAAGAAGACUAUGGAUCUUGCUCUGGUUCUGUACAGUAUACACCAGUUUACACAUUACACAGUGAAAAAGGUGGGAAGCUAGAGAAGCAUAAACUAGCACAGGCACGCUUAAAAAGACCAAUGAAAAGCACUGACUGUGUCCUAUUUGAAGAUGAAGAUGAUGACAUGGACAGAGCAAGCAAGUUAUCAUCGGAAGACAGUGAGGAAGCUUCUGCUUAUUUUUAUGAGAGUGAUGAUUCUGUUGAAGCUAGAGUAAAGACUCAUUACCCAGGUGAAAUGGACUUACUAGGAGAAAUCCUUGAUACUUUGAGUACACAUAGCUCAGAUCAAGGAAAGCUAUCAGCAGCAAAGAGCCUGGAUUUUUUUAGAUCAAUGGAUGAUAUUGAUUACAAGCCUACGAACAAAUCCAAUGCACCUAGUGAGAGUAAUCUGGCUAUACUUUGUGGCAGUUCUAAUGAUCAAGCUGAAUGGAAUCUUGGUCAGGAUGAUAGCGCUCUCCAUGGAAAACAUCUCCCACCAUCCCCAAGAAAACAUGCUUCUUCUGCUGGUUUAACAGAAUCUCUCUUUAUUCUGAAAGAGGAAAACAGUGAAAAACACCUCAGUGCCAACAAUGUGAAUUGCCCAACGAUGAUGGUAAAUUCAACUUCUCCUGUAGAAUCAGUUUUACAACUUGAUUCUUCAGAAGAUUCACAAACACAUAGUCCUUUCCAAGGAAAAACUGAAAAUAAUGAAACACUAAGCCAUACCUCAGAUGAUCAACUUAAUCUCAGCCUUAGACGACAUCUAUCUACUCUAGUUCCCUGGGAAAAAGAUGGGAGUGAAGCAAAGGAAACUUCUGGAGAGGUUGGACUACUUCAUGAAGUCGUGACAUUAUGUCAUAUGACAUCUGCUUUCCAUCAUGGUUUGAACAUUUCAGAGGAUAACAGCAGCGGAAAUAAAACUUAAGUUGGUUGUCAAAGGGGAGAUCACUUCCUUCAAAAGUUCAUAAGGAAUCCUCUUAGACUUUCAAGUUAUAUAUUAAACAGGUUUUGUAGGAAUCAUAACUCUCUUAAUUUUGAAAUACUGUUUGGUUUGGUACAUGAAUUUCGCCUGUUCAGUAAUUUCAUGGCUAUUUUCAGCUAUUGAUUUGGUAUUUGGAGUCUUAAAGAUAAAGCCAACUGUGAUGUUGUGCUUUUAGAUCAGGUACUAGUUUGUUGAGUCUACAUAUUUAGCAUGAUUGCCCCUGGAAUAUGGUGCUUAAUGUCAUCCAUUUCAUUUAUCCAGAGGGAAACAUAUAUGACUUUCAGAUAACCAAUUAGUACUGCAUCCCUUUGGUUGAGCAUGAGCUGAACAAGUUGUUAUAAAAUGAGCCUGAAACUCUUAAAAUACUGAUCAGCAAAUUGCCUUAAUCUUAAGCCUAUAUUAAAUAUUACACAAUGAUCAUGAGUGAUUUAUGAUACUAUACUUAAUUGUCUCAGAAGGCAAAUGUUCUCAAGAGCAAUAAUGACUUUUUAUGCAUUGAUUCAAGGGCCAAAAGUACUUUUUUUAAAUUAAAAGAAUCUCAUAGAAAUGUUGCAUAUGAGUUAUAGAAAGAAAAAUAAGGCCAUGUCUUCCAAAAUUUGAAAGGUAUGAACUUACCUUUUACUCAGUAUAUGAAGUGCUAAGGCAUAAUGUGAAGUCAGUGAACUUCUGUUUACAACUGAGACACUUUAAAUAGUUUCUACUGUCCCCAUGUACAUCUCUACUAUCGAGGAGUCUUGGAAAGGGAAAUAUGGGAUUAACUGAAUUCAUAGACUAUGUUGCUAAGAUUUAUUUUAUUUUUAUGAACCAAUCUUUUGAAAUACCAUUUACUUUGAAUUUUAACAUCUUUCUGGAUUUUGAAAUUUUGAAUUAGGUUUAACAUCUUCCUGGAUUUUAGAAAGGAAUAAUGAUCUGUUUCAUAGUAGUAUAGGAUAGAUCCAAAAGUACAGCUAGAAAAAGCAGUGAAAUGUUACGUUUCAAUUGGGUUCUGCAACUUUUCUAUAUAAUAUACAACUACAUCAUUAGAAAUAAAAAAAAUGGACAGUAUUUUUAGGAAAAGAUAACUAAACAGUUUACUUGGAGGAUUUUGAGAGGCAGUCCAAUAAACAUUAGACCUUCACUAUGAAAUAUUUACUAAAAGAAUACUUUUU